GAAUGUCUCUAACUCCCAAGUUAAAGCAAAAGGAACCUUCUGUAACUUCUCUUCUACCUUACACUUGCAAUCAUUCAUUCUCAUCCUCUAUCUCUCUCUCCACCGUAGCACGCAAUUCCUCCGCCAUCUACAACCGUUCUCGGCCUUUUCCCCAUGACCUCUACCCUCCCUUCCUCCUCCCCUUGGUCCGAUUCCAACCCUUUCGUUUCCCCUCACAUGUCGGAAAAUUCACCUCAAGCUCUAGAAUCCGGUGAUCGUUCCUCUCUCUCUGACCUCUCCGAUAUCUCCUCCGCCAUCACUGCCGCCACAGCUGAUGAUGCUGAACACCGCGCUGAAACCUCCGUUACCUCCCCUGCUGCCGCCGCUACUACUACUACUACCGUACAAAAUAUUAACCCUAAUCCUACUUCAAAUUCUCUUCCCGUUGAUUCUUCUACACCGAAUAUCCUCUACCUCUCCUUCAACCAGGAUCACGGUUGCUUUGCGGCGGGCACCGAUCGCGGGUUCCGGAUCUACAACUGCGACCCGCUUCGCGAGAUUUUCCGCCGCGAUUUUGCCGGUAAUGCUAAUGGCGGAGGUGGAAUUUGUGUUGUUCAGAUGCUUUUUCGGUGCAAUAUUCUGGCGUUGGUUGGAGGUGGCCCGGAACCUCAAUAUCCCUUAAACAAGGUGAUGAUAUGGGAUGAUCAUCAAUCCAGGUGCAUCGGCGAGCUGUCGUUUCGAUCCGAGGUGAAAUCCGUGAGGCUAAGAAGGGAUAGAAUUGUGGUUGUUUUAGCUCAGAAGAUAUUUGUUUACAACUUUGCGGAUUUGAAGCUGUUACAUCAGAUUGAGACGGUGGCAAAUCCCAAGGGUUUGUGUGAGGUGUCACAGGUAUCGGGAUCGAUGGUUCUGGUUUGUCCGGGGCUGCAGAAGGGUCAGGUGAGAGUGGAGCAUUACGCGUCGAAGAGGACCAAGUUUAUAAUGGCACAUGACUCGAGGAUUGUGUGUUUUGCGCUCACAAAUGAUGGGAGGUUACUGGCUACUGCUAGCAGUAAGGGUACUCUUGUCAGAGUGUUCAACACUUUAGAUGGAUCUUUGGUCCAAGAGGUCAGGAGAGGCGCAGAUAGAGCAGAAAUCUAUAGCCUUGCCUUUUCUUCAACUGCACAAUGGCUAGCUGUUUCCAGUGAUAAAGGAACUGUGCAUGUGUUCAAUCUAAAGGUUGAUUCAGCAGCUUUAGGAGUUGAUAAACCAAGAGGGGCAUCUGAGUCAAACGCUACAUCUCCAUCAGCUGUGUCUCAUCUCUCCUUCAUUAGAGGUGUGCUACCAAAGUAUUUCAGCUCUGAGUGGUCUGUGGCGCAGUUCCGCUUGCCAGAAGGUCUGCAGCACAUUGUGGCCUUUGGCCACCAAAAGAAUACUGUUGUGAUUCUUGGCAUGGAUGGCAGUUUCUACCGAUGCCAGUUUGAUGCAGCAGCUGGUGGGGAGAUGACCCUGUUGGAACAUCACAGUUUCUUAAAGCCAGAGGAGAACUUCUAACUUGGGAAAGCUAGUUGAGUCCAUGCUACAGUUCUGUUUGCUACCCUUCUUGUGUCGCUUUUGUUGUUACUGUAUCUGUUUAUAAAUUCAGAGGGGGACACUGUAGUGAUUGUGAAUAUGCAUACAUAUCCAAAAAAUGUAAAUAUAUAAGAGGAUAAGAUUCGUAACAACCUUCUGGCUGUACAUAAGAUGCUGUGCAUAGUGCCAGAUAACAAUAUUGUUAUGGGCAAAUCUGUCAUCUCGUUGCUGAACUA